CACUCUUGGGGGAAAGGGGGGAGGAGAACAGAGGAGAAGGAGGGAUUUGUCCUCCUGGUUAAAAACAUUUUUUUUGGGCUACCCAGACAAAUCUGCAGCCUGAAACCUGAAACUGCAGAAGUGGCGUGUCACGCAGACAGUUCGCCACUCGUUGCUGCUCUCUCCUUGACUCUCUGAGUUCAUUUUUUCCACAUUGGUCUCAGCCAUCCUCCAUCAGAGGCAGCUCAAAACUCUUCUUCUGCCACAGUGCAUGAUCCUGAGGGGAAACGAUGCUCCAGAUGGCCCUCCAUCUCACCGGUCUGAGCCUGGCGUUUUGCCUCAGCAGCGGCUCGGCCACACCUCUACCUUUUUACAGUCAACUAGAGGGAAGCACAGACGAGGAAGAGCUCACCAACUCCACUUCCUCUCUGCCCACCAGCUACCCGUCCUCAGAGUACCAGACCACACCUGCCGGUCCCACACAUGUAGAAACAGAGUUUCUGAGUCAAGUUAGGAGCUUCCUGGAGGAGAAUAUGCUCCUCAUCCUAGUUGCAUGCUCCCUCUUCAUUCUCUUAUUUCUCAUCAUCUGUGGAGCCAUUUUCAUGAGCCGCAGGCGCAAAGUCAACGCCUACUACCCAUCCUCCUUCCCCUCAAAAAUGUACGUGGACCACAGGGACAAAACUGGAGGUGCUAAAUUCUUUAAUGAAGUGCCAGAAAAAGCCACUCCAGAGGAGGAAGUUGAGCCAAUGGACUCUCACAAGCAGCUCCAGGCAGACAUCAUGAGGGCUGCAAAGAGCCUGCGCACACCAAAUAAAUCCUCCACAGCUGCAGAGGGAAGUGACCCCAUCCAGAAAGAAGCAGACCACAGUCCUGAAGACAGCUCCAAACCAGAUGGCAGCGUCCUGGAGGAGCAGCUAGCCAGUCUCCCUGAGGAGAAAGAGCCAGAGAGUGAAGAAGCAGCAGGAAGCACAGAGCUGAAUUCUCCUGAGCAGACAGGAGAUGAUUCACAGGAGCCUCUGAUGGGCCGCAGUCUGAGGCCCCCAUCUCUGCACGUUCACAAUGACUCUGCUACUCUGCAGCUCAUCGCAGGAGAGAAAACAGCCUUCUGAGUAUUCUGAACACUUUUACCAGGAAAAUACAUAUUUAUAUGUAACACUUUGAAUCCAUGAAUGUAAAGCUUUAACCUCCUAAGACCCUGCAUGCACAUACAAGGACAUUACAUUUUGGCCGUCUUACAGCAUUGUCAUAAUUUAGAAUUUUAGUAUGUUGCUCAAAAUGUUUGGAGAACUUGCUCUGAAAUCUUCAUUUCAAAUUUAAGGGAUUUUGAUAGGAUAUUUAGGUGAAUGUGCUUGGAAAUUUUCAGCUAUUUCCGUUAAUAUUUUAAGGAUAUGUUUUUAUUUUAGAGGUGAAUUUUUGGUAAAACUUUUCAGUAUUUUGGUGAAAAUUUGA